AUGCACUGGCACGCCCGGAAUCAAUCUACUCGCGCUCACGAGGAUGCAGCACACGAGGAAGAAAUCCAGCUCAAGGACGCAUCCGAUCACAUUCCAGAUGACGAGGAUUCUGACCACUACGACUUGCCAACGAGUAUCCCGCUGGGAAACGACGACGCAGCAGAUGUUAAAACGGGCUGUGGUCUACCAGAUCUGUGCCUACCUCUACGCGAUGUUCAUGUUCGUGACACACAACCGGAAGCCUGUGAAAGUAGCUUAGAAGCAGGUGACGAUUUCCUUCAACGUCUCAUCCCAACAUCUACCCCUGGUACAACACCAUUCGGCUACCAACAGGCGCUAAAGAACAGGUUAAUGAACGGCAAGCUCCAACCUCAUGGUGAAUAUGAUAUGCACGCCUUCACGCCGACCUUCAUCCACGACUGUCUCAUGCUACCAGGCUCACUGACACAGCUUCUUAAGAAGCUAGAUACGCCGGAGACAAUCCGCCGAAUGACUCCAGCACUACUACCUGGCUUCCACGCAUACGUGCAAACGGAUACACUAAAACCAUGCAUCAUGCCCUCACUUAACACAAACGAGUACGUCCAGGGCAUGGUCGUCUUCGGCCAAGGCAAGGAGAGUCGAAACCUCAUUCACCAGCACUACCGUGAAAAUUGUCGUCGAGUGAAAGUCGAAGUCGAAAUAGACGUUUCCGCGCCCGUCUCAUCUGCAGACCGCGACCACCCUCUCGAGAACUGGCGACUACAGAGACGCAAAGUGUGGGCCCAUGCCUGGUUGUGGGCUAACGUAGGAAGUGGCGAAGUCAAAUUCAGGAGUCAGGCAGAAAGAUGGACGAUUGAGGAUUAUCUGAGUGGUGCUUUAGAGUCGCACACAGAGCCGAUUAACAUCCAGGAGGUAUGGCCUGAUGUUGAUGUUGAUGUGGAUGAUGAUGAUGCAGCUGGGGAAACGAAGCUGCCAAAGCGAGAGAUUGUUUAUGGUGGGCGCGGGCAUCUUGACUAUAUUGUCGAGAAGCAUUUCACAGGGUGGUAG